AUGGCGAUCAGGUCGUUACUAUGCUUGAUUUGCUGGCAAAGGAGUGACCGGAAGAGGAGGCGCUUGGCGGUUCGACAGCGAGAAAUGGCGUGCGGAAUAUCGUUCGAAGCGACUGCCACGAGCACGGUACUUUUCCUGCUGGUACUGCUGCAGGCGGCACUGGUGUGGGACGAAGUACGAGGUGCUCCAGCGAAGAGGAACGACAUACUCGCGGGCACGGAAUUCCUGUCAGUUUUCAUAAACGGCGCCAUGGCCACGCCGCCCCAGCGACGCAGAGGCUUCAGACGCGGAGGACAAGCGACGUCUUCGGCCGGAGACAGCGCUACAGCGGAGUCGCAUCAGCACGAGGCCUCGAUCUACCGAAUAUCGCGGAAUCCAGGCAACAGACAGGUCGUCCCGAAGGCGCGGAACUCCAGUGGCCGGGAAGAGGUCGUUCGAUUUUAUCCGAUAAGUCACAAAACGUUGGAGAACAGGCAACAGAACCUAGCGUCGUUGAUCGACGAACUGAGCACCACCAGCGACAUAUCAGCAACAAGGUUAGCUGUUCAAAGUUCGACGAGUACGACGACAGCAACGUCGGUAACGCCUCGCGAGAAGUUGCCCUCGCGAACGAACGCUACCAACAGCUCUUCCUCGAACAAAGGAGUCAGCCGGCAGAAGGUCAUAGGCGUCAGCGUGACGUCCACCGUGGAAGCUACGCCGUACAAGGUCAGAGUGGAGCACUACGACAGCGCAGACGCGACAGUCGUCACUCGACCGCCGAAUAUCGCUACCAGUUUCUCCAAAGACGUCACGAAAGGACUGAAGAAUGCCACCACUAGGGCUCCUACGACCAAGUCGACGAACUCUAGUACUAUAACAGGCACGACGACUACUACCAGCACGUCGACGACGACGACUACUCCUAGAUCGUCGUCGACGAUCACCUCGCCACCCUCCAGCUUCGUCACGGAAGAGCUGAGCAACAUCGUGUCCGAAUCGAACAGGAGCGAGUUCUCCGUCGAGGAAGGUGCGCCGAGCACCAGUUGGCGAGGUCAGAGUUCGGUGACACCUGAACCGGUGACCAAGCACACUCCCACGUUCGCCGAGCAUCAGAGGGAGUCGAACAGCAGUACGAGCGACGUCCCGGAGGACAUGAUCACUCUGCCGACGGAGGAGAACUACGAGUUGCCGGAGGAGAACUCCGAGUUGAAGGAGUUCAACGAGGAGCAGACGGAGAUGCAGUCGGAGCGUUUCCAGGCUCAAGGUCGUAAAGCGGGCAGGCACUACGACGCGUCGCACUACAAUCGUCCAGGCACCAAGGUGUACGCUCAGUCGUCGAAGAGCUACAAGUCGCCUAGGCCGUACAGCGAGUCGUCCAAGGUGUACAGCGAACCGGCGAAAGUGUACGGUGAACCGGAGAAGGUGUACGGAGAGCCGUCGAAGGUCUAUAGCGAGCCGGCCAAGGUGUACAGCGAGCCGGCUAAAGUGUACAGCGAGCCGGCUAAAGUGUACAGCGAGCCGGCCAAAGUUUACGGCGAACCUGAGAAAAUCUAUUCGGAACCGUCGAAGGUGUACUCGGAGCCGGCCAAGAUUUACUCCGAGCCGUCGAAGGUGUACUCUCAGCCUGCUAAGGUGUACAGCGAGCCUAGCAAGCUUUACAAUUCCGAGGGUCAGCCGUUGAGUCACGAGCGCGGUGGAGAGCCUAACGAGGAGAAUUACGAGGUAGACGAGUCUGCCAGCGUGAGCAGCAACGGAAAUGUCCACGGGCCGCAGUUGAUGCUCACCGAGCCUUCGAACUCUUCUGAGGUGGAGGACGGGCACAAGGUGGGCUACGUGGUCGAGGGUAGAAACUAUAGGAAGUACAGGGUCGAGGAGAGAACUCCGGACGGUUUCAUCGUUGGUGAAUACGGUGUGGUCAGCCACGACGACGGUUCUCUGAGAGGCGUACGGUACACCGCAGACGGUACCAUCAAUCCUCGGCUCAUUUACGACGCACUGAUGAAGUUCCUUGCUCUGUGA